UUUCUACUUUCUAGUAAUAAAGCUAGAUCUCCUAUUCUAGGCUUAGAUCAGCCAAUAAAACAAUCUGCAUUGUACAGAUGGCAUUUUAAAAUUUCACUAAAAAAUUGACUGUAGCAAAAUAUUUAAAUUUCAACAGGUAUGUGUUUGAAAGCAGUGCCAAACCAGUAUUAUAAUAGGCAGCAGAAAAAGUGUAAUAUAUUUUAUUUAAAUUAAAACACAAUAAUUGUUUACAUAUGUGUUUGAAUGCAUGUAUAAUAUAAAGUAUUAAAAAAGGAAUUGAAAUAAUAUUCUAUAAAACUGUUAUUAAUUGCAAUGAAUUCACCAAGAUCACCACAAACUUCUCUGAGUUCUGAAUUAAAGAAGAUAAUAAAUGACAGAAAUGUUUUAAGUAUGAGAAGUCGUAUGAGAGUUCUCAACAGUUUGAAUGAGAGUAAUCAAAAACAGUUUGAAGAAAGAGAGAAAAACUUAAGAUCUCAGGCUGUUCAAGAAAUUUUAACAACAGAACUUACUUAUUUACGUCAGUUGGAGAUCUUAAUGGAGUACUUUAUACAACCAAUGUUUGAAAAAAAAUUAUUAGACCACAGUUUACUUUCAACGCUAUCUGAGAAUAUAAAAACAUUGUACAAUGUUAGUGGAGAGUUAAUAAAGGAACUGAAGGAAGAUCCACAGAAUAUUGCUGGUGCAUUUCAUAAAUUGGCUCCAUUUUUUAAACUGUAUUCUGUCUAUGCUUACGAUUACGAACAAAUUUUAUACUUGCUGCAGAUGAAACAAGAAAAUGAUCUCACACUUAAAAAUUUUAUUAACAGGCAAGAAACAAGACCAGAAGUUGGUAGAAAAUUACCUUCGUUAUUAAUUACACCGAUACAAAGAAUACCUAGAUAUAAAUUACUCUUGCAAGAAGUUUUACAACAUACACCUAAUAGGCACAAAGAAUAUAACCUUUUACAAGUUUGUCUAGUUGAAGUUGAGAAAGCUGCAAGGCAUAUGAACACUUUAAUUGAACAGCAUGAAGAAACACAAAAAUUAUUGAAACUUCAAAAAUGUAUUGUAAACCAAAUUAACUUGGUUAAACCUGGUAGAAAAUUAAUUAAACAAGGACCAUUAAUGAGAGUUUCAAGACGCGGGAAUUCAGCAUAUCGAAGAUAUUUUGUUCUCUUCGAUGAUAUUUUAUUGUAUUGUAAGGGUGAUCCACAAAACUCACUAACCGUAUGUUGUGUUUUACCAUUAAAUAAAUGCAAGAUUGAAUCUGUUUUGAGUGGAGGAUUAUUUCGUGUUACUUGUUUAAAUGAAACACUUUUACUUUAUUCCGAAAAAGAGGAUAGUAGUUUAUGGAUAUUGGCAAUACAAAGUUCCAUAAAAAAGUACAUUGAAUGCAGACAGACUUUGAGAAAAGACAGUAGUUCAAGAAAACCAUUGAGACACAAUAAUCUUAAUUUAUUUCCAUCUGACAAUAUCCCAAUAAUUUCUGGCAAAAGAAAAAGAUUAGACGAAGAAACAGAGGUGAAUUUGAAUGCAUCUAAAAUUCUGUACUUAAAGAAGGAUAAUGAAGCAGAUGCAGAUAUACAGUCAGAAAAUAGAUGUUUGCUGUUAUUAAAAAGAUUCAAAAAAUUGAAAAAUGACAAUAGUUUCAAGCAGAACAGUUAUUGCUUUCAAAACAUCAAUUGUAAUAUUGCGGAUAAAGAAAAUGUGCCUUACAUACAGGAAAACUAUAAUACGUCAUAUAUACCUCACAUUCCUUCUUUUACUAAACAAGAUACUAAUGAAGAAUCUUCAACAACAUUAAAAUCUAUUAGCAAUUUCUUCUCCUAUAUUGGAUCAUCAAUCCGUAGUUUUACUUCUGGUUUUAUUGUGAGGAAGCUGUAGUACAAGCCGUUUUCAACUCUAGUGGGUCAAGAUCUACUUUUGGAAACGGUAAUUUUUCAUGACCCACUUACAUUACAGCAUCAGAUGAUCUUGGUGAAAAAAUCAUCUAGUCCAUGCAAGGUAAAAAUUUACUAUGUAAAUAUUUGGAUACCUACUUUUAUGAUGGAACACUUAUAAUUUUCACAGAGAAAGGUUCUGUUAAAUAGGUUAAUAUAAAUUUUGUCAAGAAGCAUUGCAUUUAGUUUGAAGAAACUUUAUUGUACAAAUUGUAAAGAUCAGACAAGCUUAUUAUCAUUGAAUACAUAAUCAAUAAACUCCUAUUAAAUGCUAGUGAACAUGUAUUAUUUUAUAAACAAUGGCAGUUUUAUGAGAAACAUGUUUCUUUUGUCUCUUGACAAAGUAUUAUACUCAUUAUAUCAUUUUGUGUCUGUCACAGUUCAGAGUGUCAAAAUUAUUUGGCUUUAUUUUAUUUUUCUUAUAGACUACCACAUAGUCUUGGCAUCUUAUAACUAACAUUAUAAUUUAAAGCAUUAUAAACCUAUAAUGCAAAACA